UUCUUGUUAUCCUUAUAUUUGAGAAUGUGUGACAUACACCAACAACACCAUGACAAAUUCCUUGUAUGUGCAAGAAACUUACUUGGCAAUAAAGCCCAUUCUGAUUCAGAUUCUGAUAAAACGCCAGCUAGUCCGUCACUAUUCGUUCUUCAGUUUCUGCUUGUUUGUCUUAAUUCAGAGAUCAGAAUACUCUGUAAGGAUUUGAAUGAAGUCCAUGUUCAUCAUGCUACACACCACUCCAAAUAAUAGGACUGUGAGAACUGAAAUCGGCUUAAGCAUAUUUUCAAUUUUCCCUUUCCCUGCCAAUACUUUAUAGACAAGCAGAAUAAUCUCGAAGUUGGUCUUAAAGGUAGAAUAUGUAGUGAGUAUCUGCUUACGGUUUGUAAACACAGUGUUUAAAGUUGGCCCCUCCAACUUGGUUUAGAGCCAGAGAGAGAACGCGAGCUAGAGAGAGUAAAUGAAGAGAGGGAGCGCAGAACAAAGCAGUGAAUCAGAGGAAUGAAACAAUCUUCUCUCAUUGUCUCGCAGCGGUUCUGUUCUAAAGCACAAAUAAACACGCAUGUUUAUUGAUGUGAAUGCAGAUGAGUGAAUGCAGAGCUUCAUCCUGUCUGUUUCUGUGUGUCUGGGUCAGUUAGAUUUGUGCCCCGAGAUGAGACACUAAGAGGGGCAAAUGAGAACACUGUUAUUGGCUGGGGGUUACAAACCCACGUGGGACCCAGAGGCUCUUUGUUGACGCCCACAAACAUCCCGAUCUCACCAAAAUAAAAAUAAAAGAGAAAACCCCGGCAGAGGGCAGGGUCUCUGCAGAUACAAACACCACCACACACUACUAGUGGGUCAUAAGUGAUGAUUGAGAGGGAUUACUUUUGUAUUAUGCUAUACAUUGUUUUUGAGGAAAGCAUUGCAUAUUAUACCUUUAAAGCAUGUUACUGUCAGCCAGAGUAAUAACCUCAGAACAAGCCGUAUUUUGGAGAUUUUUUUGCAUUAGUUUUGUAACUAAACACAGCCUACUCAUUACAUCUCAUUAAAUAAUCUUUGUUGUAAAAAGGGCAAACAUGAUUAUCUGUUAAGACUGAUUCCCAACCAGGGGUACUUGUACACCAGGGGGGUACUUCUGCUGUUGCCAUGGGGGGUAUGUGGAAAGAUUGUGAAGCAGCUCAACUAAUUAGAAAAAAAAAUUAAAUUAUGAUUUGAUUAAAAGAAUACAUCGGCUGUAACACCUCAACAUUAGAUGUUGCAGUUAUGUAAUGGUGCUUGAUAACUAGUUAGCAGGCGAGCACAAACAUUUAAAUAGCCUAGGUAGUUAGCUAAAAAGUAAUGGCUAAACAGUUCCAAACAAUCUAACUGCUAAAAGUAAUAGAUAAACGGUUGAAAUAAUUAGCUAAAAGUAAUGGAUAAAUGGUUGAACAGCUAAAUAUUGACAGGUCAACAAGUAUGAAAAAAGUAACAGUACCCACUUUUAUAUGAUAAAUAGUGUGAUACACUUGGAACAUUGGGAAUUGAUGAAGGGGUACGUGAGUUCAACAUGACAGGGCUAUGGGGGUACCUCAGACCAAAAAGGUUGGGAACUAGACUACUGUGUCGAGAGAGUGCAGCUGGAAGUAAUGAGACGCGACAAACGGCCACGCCACACCUCGGUUAAGUGGCUGUUGAAAGGUGAUGUCACCCCCUGUUGGGGACAUGGCUCUAACGUUACCCAACAUAUAGCAGUUAAUCUACAACCAGUUCUCUGCAUGUCCAGUGUCCACAACUCAUGUCUUUGAGGAAGCAGCAGCUUUUUAACAAUGGAGAGUGACACACAGAGACUCAAUCUGAAGAGAGAAAUUGGGAUUAUAGGAGCUGUGUCGUUCAUUGCUGGAACCAUGAUAGGAUCCGGGAUUUUCAUAUCCCCGCAGUAUGUGCUGUCUGCCAUCGGCAGCCCCGGAGCCAGCUUUGUUAUAUGGACCUGCUGUGGGUUGAUAGCCAUGCUGGGGGGGCUCUGCUAUGCUGAACUGGGCACAGUCAUACCAGAGUCUGGAGCUGAAUAUAUCUACAUGCUGCGGACAGCAGGGAAAGUGGUGGCCUUUAUGUUUGUCUUCAGCUUCAUCAUUGUCAUGAGGCCUGCCAGUGCCACAGGAAUUGCUCUCAGCGUUGCUGAAUAUGUCGUGGCCCCCUUUUACAACGGCUGCACCCCUCCACAACUGGUGGUGAAAUUGGUGGCUGCAGGAGCUAUCAUUGUGCUGGCCAUAGUUAACUGUCUGAGCGUCCGCCUGGCCACCGCCAUCCAGGUGGUUUCCAUGGCAAUCAAAUUGCUGGCCCUGGCCGUGAUCAUUUUGGGAGGUGUUGUGAUGCUUUUCGAGGGACGCACUGAAAACUUUGAGAACUCCUUUGAGGAAACAAAUGUUAAUGUCAGCUCCAUUGGCAUUGCUUUUUAUCAGUGCUUGUGGUCCUAUGAUGGUUGGAACACUUUGAAUUUUCUAACUGAGGAGCUGAAACAUCCAGAAGUGAAUCUUCCUAGGGCGGUUGUGAUAGCCAUUUCUCUGGUGACUGGCUUAUAUCUGCUGGUGAAUGUGAGCUACCUGACGGUAAUGACGCCUAAAGAACUCAUGUCUUCCAGCGCAGUAGCAGUGACCUGGGGGAAUAAGGUGUUAGGAAGCUGGGGCUGGAUCAUGUCUGUGGCUGCAGCAUUGUCUGCCUUUGGUUCUCUGAAUGGGACGUUCUUCAGUGGUGGCCGUGUGUGCUUUGUUGCUGCCAGGGAAGGACACAUGCCAGAUAUUCUGGCCAUGGCUCACGUCCACAGACUGACUCCAUCUCCAGCCCUGAUCUUCACCACUGUUGUCUCCCUUCUGGUGCUGAUCCCUGGAGACUUCCAGAGUAUUGUCAACUUCUUCAGUUUCACUGCCUGGUUUUUCUAUGCCAUCACCCUGUCUGGACUUCUCUAUCUCAAGAUUAAGAAGCCAGAGCUCCCCAGGCCCUACACGGUUCCCAUUAUACUCCCUAUACUGGUCCUAAUGGCGGCAAUAUUCCUUGUGCUGGCGCCCAUCAUAGACAAUCCUCAGAUUGAAUACCUCUAUGUGACUUUAUUUAUCCUCAGUGGAGCUAUAGUCUACAUACCCUUCAUCCAUUACAAGCUCUGCCCAGGGCUGUUGACCAAGUUGACAGUGUUCCUUCAGCUGUUCUUAGAGGUCGCCCCAGCAGAGAAAAACCUGUGAUUUGGGCAGAAGAAAAACUACACCUGUUUUUGCAAUGGCAGCCAUGAGACAUUGCAGUUUAAAUUCAAUAGCAACUUUUUAUAACCUCCCGUUUCUUAUUAAUAAGUUGGGUUGUUGUGUGUUUUAAUGUCGUUGAAUUUUAGCAGUCUGAUAUGUAUUGUCUUUUUGCACAGGUGCAUUUAGCACUGCUUUAUUUGCUGAUGUUUAUAAUCAACUUAGAAAGCACAAGUGAAAAGGAAUACGAUUCGGUAUUCAAAGUAUCAAUCUAUAACCAAAAGAUCAAAUAUGAAUCUGAAAUCUUAAAGUUUUUGCCUGUUCAACAGUAAGCGGUUAGACAGCGUAUGUCUUUAAACAGCUGAGGAUUCCUGUUAUUGUGAAUUUGUUUAAUUUUCCAUUUCAGUUGUAUUUGUUCAUUUGCAAAAGGUUCCAGAUCAAACACACAUACAAAUGUAUUUUAAAUACAUUUCACAACAAAAAAGAAACAGGGUUGUAUAACAAUUAAAUGAUAAGACAUUUUGAUUUGGGGGGAGCAAGAAGAGUUCUCAUUGCCUUGGACCUGAACAUGAUAUAAAUACUGGAGAAAGCUUGUGCUGUCCUCCAAACACACUGAUACAGAGUGAGGAGAAGCAACACCAACUAAACGCUGUCGUAAGAAGAUUCAUCACAACGUCAAAGCUUCAAGUUGUACGAAACAAAAACAACGAAAGAAUCAAACGGCAGCAUGCUUUGUCAUUAAACAGUUACUGUUUUAAAAGAAAUGCAUGUGACUUAUGGUUUUA